AACUUCCAACACUUCUUCAUCUCUCGCCCAAGAAUAAAACUAGGAUUUUCAUGGAAUGAUCAAUUUAUAUAAACAUCCUUUCACCAACUCAUGAUAUAUAUAUAUAUAUAUAUAUAUAUAUGGUCAUGUUUGUGGCAAGAGCUAUAGGAAAGAAGGAUGGGGAGGAGUCCUUGCUGUGACAAAGCAAGCGUGAAGAAAGGGCAUUGGUCGCCGGAGGAAGACAAGCAGCUCAAAGAGUACAUAGAGAAGCAUGGCCAUGGUGGCAACUGGAUCACUCUCCCUCGUAGAGCUGGGCUUAAUAGGUGCGGGAAGAGUUGCAGGCUGAGAUGGCUUAACUACUUGAAGCCCAACAUCAAGCACGGUUGCUUCUCCGGCGACGAGGAAUGGAUCAUCGCCAACCUCUACGCGAGCAUCGGGAGCAGGUGGUCAGUGAUCGCCAGUCAUCUCCCAGGGAGGACGGACAACGACAUCAAGAACUACUGGAACACCAAGCUGAAGAAGAAGUUCUCCGGCUUGAUCAUCUUCGCUCAGCCGAGGAGAGCGAGAAGAAAGCCGGCGAAUUGUACCGGCUUUCCUCCCUCCUUGGUCGACGACGCUUCCCCCGUUCUCUUACCCUUCCCGAUCACUGAUCAGCACCUGCUGAGCUCCGGCGCGCCACCACCCCAGCUCCUCCACCCGCUCCCAUCCCAAUACGGUGACUGCGACCUCAUGGACUUGGUCGGCGCCAGCAGCAUCAACACGGACGAUCAAAACCCCAGCGGCUGCACUACCGUUGAUCACCUGGAGAGCUAUUUCUACGGCGGCGGCGACGCUGCCGCGGCGCUGUUGCAGUUCGACAUGGAGGAGUACGGUGGCCUGAUGCCUGACGUCGACGGGUGCACCGGUGCUGCAGUUUGGAGCUCGGUGGAGGCUACGUACUUGCAGUGACGAUCCAAAUGUAAGUGGAGAAAGACGACGCAUGCAGCUUCCUAGCUAUCUAUCUAGGGUUUGAUGAUAUAUCACGUGAGCUCGACAGGGUUGUGGAAGUGGCUGGUUGGUUUUGUGUUGCCGUCGAUGAUGACGAGAAGGGUUGGUGUGUGUUUUUUUGUGCGGGUACCUCGUUGAAUAAGGACGACAGUGAUCACACUGAUCACUAUGCUUUGUCACUCUCUCUUCACAGAAUGCUCGUAAUAAAUAUUUUUACU